AUGGCCUGCUACGACAUCUGCCGUCCCUGCGGACCCACCCCGCUGGCCAACAGCUGCAACGAGCCCUGUGCCCUGCAAUGCCAGAACUCCAGCGUCAUCAUCAACCCUUCCCCUGUGCUGGUGACCCUGCCAGGACCCAUCAUGACCUCCUUCCCCCAGAACACCGCCGUCGGAUCCACCUCCUCGGCUGCUGUGGGCACUGAACUCAGUGUCCAGGGACAGCCCAUCUCGGGUGGAUUUGGCUACGGCCUUGGCUACGGCCUUGGCUAUGGCCGUGGAUUUGGCUAUGGCCUGGGAGGCCUGGGCUGCUACGGCAGAAGGGGGGGCUACAACUGCUGA